CUUCCGCGAGACGUCUAUGUAGCGCAGCUUCAAAACAACAACACAAGCACAAAGCAAACGAAAUAACGAAAUCUUCUUAUCUCUACUCCAACUGGAGCGACGGACAAUUUUGGCAGAAUUUAAGUGGCCUUAAAGUUUGUUGACCCCACAAUGCUGGACCCUCCAGACAUCUGGAGAAAACACCCUCCAGACGGUAUAUAUUUGGUUGCAACCAGAACGGACGAAGAUUCCCAGGCCCUGGCUGCAAUCUGCCCGUUCAUUAUUAAGAAGACAAUCGACAAUACUAUUCAAGGUGAAGUUUCAAGUUGUAAGAAAACCAAAGACGGCAAUUUACUGAUUAAGACUUAAAACUUAUUACAAGCCGAAAAACUUAAGAAACUCGUCAGUAUGCCUUCCAACACUCCAUAUGUCGAUGUCCCCUUUAAAAUUUCUGAACACCGUAGUCUUAACUCGAGUAUUGGGAUAAUAUAUUCGAACAAUUUGCGAGGAAUUGAUGAAAAAGUCAUCUUGGACAACCUAAAGUCGCAAAAAGUUGAAAGAGUCGAGAAAAUAUAUAAAUAUAUUCCCAACCAGGUUCUCAAUAAAACUCCACAAAACGAAACGGGUCUAAUAAAAAUCUCAUUUAAGCUAACCCAUCUGCCAGACUUUCUCUAUAUUGGCUAUGAGAGAGUUGAAGUGCGUACAUUUAUACCGCGUCCGAUGCGUUGCAACAACUGCUUUAGGUUUGGUCAUACCGCAAAGUUCUGCAAAAACACACCAACUUGCGCCAACUGUGGUCUCGAUGCCCACGUUAACUAUGAGAACUCAGAAAUUUGCCAAAACAAGCCGAAUUGCAUAAAUUGCUCCCUUAAAAAACUCCCAACACCUGACCACCAUGCCCGCAACAAGGACUGCCCUGUCUUCCUGUCGAACAAGGAAGUCCAGGCCAUUAAGACCCUACAAAAAGUUGACAAUAGGACAGCCUGGUCCAUAUAG